UCUCUCAUCCCCCCCUCUCUGUCUCUGUUUUCUGUUAUGCUCUGUUUCCCCUGUUUUCUCUUCCUAUUCCCAAGGGCGAACUAUAUAUAUAUAUAUAUGUACCGCAGUGUUGUAGGGACAAUUAAAGAGAAAUCUGCAAGUGUGUUUUAGUUAAAGCACAAUCAUGGCUCGAGAACUUGCCGGGUCUAGUCGGAGCUUGCCAUGGAGUAGUGAUGAUGGGAAUGGUACUGGUGGAUUUCAGAACUCAUUAUAUGGGUUUGUGAAUCAAGAAGAUGAUCAGUAUCAGGAUGAUGGUUCUGUCUCUGUGCUUCACUGCACUGAAGCUGCUAAUAAAAGGAUUAUUGAAACACCAAAAGAGAACAAUGAACAGGCUGAGGUGGCUGAUACCCUCUUGAGUUUACGUCCAUUUGGUUUAAACCUCAACCUCACACCCUCUCUCUUAGAUUCAGUGGAGAAGAAUCUCAGUCAUUCUAGUAGUGCAGCAAAGGCUUACCAUCAUCCAAAGGUUGAUCAUUUUGGGUCCCAACCAAGUUCUGACAAGUCGAAGGCGUCUAACUUCUCAGCCUUGUUACUUAGAAUUGGCAAAUGGGAGAGAAGAUCCAAGAAUGAAGGUGAUCUUGUGGCUAAAUGUUAUUAUGCUAAAAGGAAGUUGGUAUGGGAAUUCUUGGAAAAGGGUUUGAAAAGCAAGAUUGAAAUUCAGUGGAAUGAUAUAAUAGCCAUGAGAGCUUUUCUUCAGGAGAAUCAGCCUGGAAUUCUUGAACUUGAGUUGAACCAACCUCCUACCUUCCAUGAGGAAAUUGAUCCACAGCCAAGAAAACACACUAUUUGGCGACUGACAUCAGAUUUCACUGGAAGGCAAGCUUCCGCCUGCAGGAGGCAUUAUCUUAUGUUUCCUCCAGGAUCCCUUGACAAACACUAUGAGAAACUUAUGCAUUGCGACAGUAGAUUGUACGAAUUGAGCAAAAAACCUUUCCCUAGUCUGCAAUCUCCUUAUUUUGAGCCAAACAUUUGCAGUUUUACAAAUUUAUCUUUUGAUUCCCAUAUGAAUAGUCGAGAUGUCAACCUUGGAUUGCAGUUCAACUUUGGCAUUCCCUCUCCUUUGGUGGCUACCCAACAAGUUCAGUCUUUUGAGCAAGCACGCCAGCUAUCUUUUAAAGAAACAACUUCACCCGUAUCAGUUAUGGAUUUUUCGCAUUCAGAUGCGCACAUUAGCAACAAUGUAUUUGAGAGUACAAGGAUGACGGUAUGGGGACAAGGGAUAAACAAUAAUUUAGCAGCAGUAGAUACUUUUGCUCCGAGUAUUCCAUUCACCCAAGUGAAUCCAGCUGUUCCUUGCCAAGGCUACAGCAACCCAUUAACAUAUGGCCAGGGAGGUGAUCCUAGCCAUGUGAAUAAAAUGCUAAAUAAUCUUGCAGACCAUUUGUUUAAUGACACCAAGGCAGAGGGUUAUGAUGAGAAGCAUCACAUGGCAAGAGUGGAAUCACUGAAAGCGUUGGUCAAUCUCUCCCAAGAAGAGAAACUUGCAAGUGAAGAUGGUUCACAGCAGAUAUUCUAUGGACAAGAAAUGGGUGCUGGUGAUGAGUUGGUUUUGGGUGCCAAUGAGCAAGGAAUUGGACUUGGUGUUCCGCAAAUCUAUCAACAGCCUGUUUCUUGCAUGUCUUCUCAGGUCUGUCCUGAGAAUCCCACAAUGGAACAGCCUUGGAGCAACCUGUCCUAUCCUACUGUGAAUCCUGAUCCAAGGAUGCAAAAUUUUUGCUCUGUCAAUAAUACCAUCAAUCAAUUCAAUAGCUGGAACUGACAUGGGAUUGUGGAUGCUGGAUAUACGAAAUAUGACCAACAUAGUAUAUAUAUUAGCUUCA